GGAACGAUUCUAGUAUAUAAAACAUUGGUCCGGCCCAAUAAUACCACUGGUUCUUAUCCAAUUCCCUUCUUCCUCCCACUUCAGGGACAGCGUCUUUGUGUCAAGUGCUUGUUCAAUGGCCAACAAGCUUUGCAAUGAGACCAUUUUGGAGCAACUCAGGCAUGGAACUGCAAAAUUCGAGCUUGUUUCUUCCCCUGUUUCUUCUAUUUCAAUUCCAAGCCUCUCUCACUCAUUGUCCACAACUUUCCCAGCAGAUAACAGUCAUCGAUUCUUCGCUAGAAUUGGAGCAUCUUUGGGAGGUGGGUCGGCAGCAACGAAGAAAGUUGAGCAGUAUUCAAUUCACAAAGUUACUGGGGAUGGUCGAUGCCUAUUUCGAGCACUGGUCAAAGGGAUGGCUUUCAACAAGGGUAUUGCUUUAAGCCCCCGGGAAGAGAGAGAUGAUGCCGAUGAAUUACGAAUGGCUGUUAAAGAGAUUUUAUGUGACAGUGUGAAAGACCGGCAGCAGUACGAAGAGGCUUUGAUUGCCAUUACGGUUGAAGAAUCUUUGAAACGUUACUGCCAACGCAUUCAGCGGCCUGACUUUUGGGGAGGUGAAUCGGAGCUCCUGGUGCUUUCAAGAUUGUGUGGUCAGCCAAUAGUUGUUUAUAUCCCCGAGCAUGAGCAUAGAAAGGGUGGAUGGGGCUUUAUUCCCAUUGCGGAAUACGGAUCUGAGUUCCGCAAGGGCUUCGGAAAAGGAAAACCUAAGAAAGUCGUAAGGCUUCUUUACAGCGGCCGAAACCAUUACGACCUACUUGUUUGAGAGUAUCCUAUCCACUUCAAAUCGAUGGAUUGAAACGCUGAAUUCCACCCAUUUUUUGUAAGAUUUACUAAUGGAUUUUAGCCAGUUGAUUCUCCUACAUAUCUUUUUACAGGCAGGAAGAUUAUGUUUGAACAUUGAAUGGAUGAGUUUAUAACUAAAGUUUAGAUCUUUUAAGUAAAUGCAUGCCAGAGUUGUAUUUGAUUCAA